AUUUCAAUUUUCAAUUUUGUCGAUGUUUUUACUUCUGCUUAUUUAGUGGCCUUGAUCAUUGCAAGAGUCUUGGCAUAAGUUACGUUUUCUUACUUGUGGCUGUCUGUGUGUUUUCUUCUUAAUUUGAGUUUUAAUCCUGUUUUGUAUUUUGUUUCUGUUUUUCCGUUGCUUAUAGAUUCAUACAUCUUCAUUUCAGUUAAACUGAUUUCAGUUGACUGCUUGUUGAGCAUAUGAUCGUUAGCUUAUUUUUCAAUUUUUAAUCUGAAUUUAGCGCACUUGAAUGAAGAGCCUUUGAUGUAUGUUGGGGAUUUAGCGAAAUUAUGAAGGUACUGUUAUAUGACUAUAUACAUAUUUCCCAUGAGCACGCGGCAGUUAUGGUAGAUGAUUGGUUUUUGGCAUACUUUUGUAUUUAGUUUUUGUGUAUAUCAGUAAUUCUUUGUAUUUUGGACUGGGCAGACCACCCGUGCUGCAAAUUAAACUAGUUGGUUGAAUGAGGCUUGUUUGGAUGAAAUGGACCAAGUUGGGGAUGAAGUGUCUGCAAGUGAUAUAAAUGGGAAUGCUAAACUUAAAAGAAUAGAAGGCAAUCUUUCCUUAAAAUUAGAGGGUCAUAAUAUGUUAGAAUCACCAAUAAUUUGUGCAUCUGUUAGUGAAGGUUGGCCAGAGAGCUCAAUCCAUAAUUUUACCAAUGCCACAGAGGCCUCUUUGUCUGGAUCUGAACCCCCUUGCAGUAGCCUUCGUUCUUUGAAUAACAGGCUUGCAGUGGUUGAAGACUUGACGGUGGGAAAUCAUAUGACAAGGGAUUCAGAUAUAGUUAGUAGCCCAAACAGUUCAGGGCAGGGCCAGUGGCAACAACUACAACUUUUAGCAAGUGUGUCUGAAUUUAAGGGUUUGCAUAGAGAUUCUAUGUCCCAAGAGAAAGGUCGAGUAACGUUAAGAGUCAAAGAGCAGUUUAUGAAAAUUUCUUCUGAUAUACAAAGCCCUAAUUAUUUGUCAAGAAAGCAAAUUGACAAAGUGCCAGAGGAAGUUUCUCCAUAUUUAAGGGCAAGGGAAAACAUGAUCGUCUCAAGCAAGACAGCACCAUUUGGAAAUACACAAUUGAAAACCUUAUCAAUGAAUACACCUGGCGUUUCACAGUUAUUUGUAAAGAAAACUCUCAAGGGAAAGGGGAUUACUAGCAGCAACCCUGACACUCAAAGAGACCUUGGCAGUGCAGUUGUGAGGCAGAAUGAUGAAAAACUUGGUUGUCUCUCUUCCAAGGUUGUUUCUGAUUCAUUGUUUAAAUCUUCUACCAGUUAUGUCAUGAUUCCUUCCCAUGGGGUUAACAGGCUUGGUCCUGAAUCUUUACAUGCUGGCAUAUGCUUGAGAGAGUGGCUGAGAUUGAGGCGUGGGAAAGGAGAGAAGGUUGAAAGUCUGCAUAUAUUUAGGCAGAUUGUGGAGUUAGUGGAUUCUGUUCAUUCUCAAGGCAUUGCUUUGCAAGACUUACAGCCAUCCUAUUUCUAUUUAAGUCCAUCAAACGGGGUUAUAUACACUGGUUCAUUUGCCAAGAGAGAAUCGAAUUCUGUUGUGAAUCAGGAUUUGGGAAAGAAGAGGCCACUGGAACAAGACACGCUAGUGCACUGUAAUUUAGCUGUGAAGCAGCAAAAGCUCAAUGAUGACAUGAAAUCUGUUACACACCAGAGCCAUUUCUUCUCCAGUAGUAGUUCUAGGACUAAGAAAUUGAAUGAGACUGAUUUUAGUGUAAAUGAUAAACAGGUUUCUGAAUAUGUUGAACUCCAUACUCAAAAUGUUCUCACCUACCCAAGUAUGUUGUCUACAAAGGAUCAGCAGUCUUUUCCUGCAAUUGCUCAGCUGGAAGAGAAGUGGUAUAUUAGUCCAGAGGAGCUCAAUGAUGCAGGUUGCACGUUUAGGUCUAAUAUCUAUGGCCUUGGUGUUCUUCUUUUUGAGUUGCUGUGCUAUUUUGAAUCAGCGGAGGUGCAGUCUGCUGCGAUGUUGAAUUUGCACCAUCGAAUUCUCCCACCAAAAUUUCUUUAUGAAAAUUCAAAGGAGGCUGGCUUUUGUCUUUGGCUUCUUCAUCCUGAACCCUUGUCUCGUCCAACAACUAGGGAAAUUCUGCAGUCGGACUUAAUAUGCAUAUCCCAAGAGUUGCAUUCCUAUGAUGAUAUUAACAUAUCUGCUGCAGAUGAUGAAGAUGAAACAGAACUGUUGCUUCGUUUUCUUGUUUCAUUGCAAAAACAAAAGCAGAAGCACGCUUCCAAAUUAGUUGAAGACAUAGGGUGUUUGGAAGAAGAUAUUGAAGAGGUCGAGGGAAAGCACUUGCAAAAGAUAUCCUCGCUUUUUACUCAGACACACAAGGAAUGUUUUAAUGCCAGAAAACAGGGUUUUAGUUUUGAAGAUUCUAUAACUUCAGCUGCAGUUUCUCAGUCAUUUUCUGUUUCUAGUAGGAAUGAGGCUAGGUUGAUGAGAAAUAUCAGUCAACUUGAGGAUGCCUAUUUCUCUAUAAAAUUCCAAAAUCGACAUACAGAAGAUGCUGCUAUUGAUAAAGACUUGCUAACUAGUAGAGACAGGUGGUCCGAGUUGCAAAAUAUGAAUGAGUCAAGCAUGGCUCAGAAAUCUGAUGAUCGCCUUGGAGCAUUUUUCGAAGGUUUGUGCAAAUUCACCCGCUAUAACAAGUUUAAAGUCUGUGGGACAUUAAGAAAUGGAGAUCUUCUGAAUUCUGCUAAUGUGAUUUGUUCUUUAAGUUUUGACCGUGAUGAGGAGUACGUAGCUGCAGCUGGGGUAUCAAAAAGAAUCAAGAUUUUUGAGUUUAAUUCACUUCUAAGUGGUUCUAUUGAUAUCCAUUAUCCGGCUGUUGAGCUGUCAAACAGAUCUAAGCUGAGCUGUGUUUGCUGGAACAAUUACAUUAGAAACUAUCUGGCUUCUACUGAUUAUGAUGGUAUAGUUCAGAUGUGGGAUGCGAGCACUGGUCAAGGAUUCUCUCAUUAUGCAGAGCACCAGAAGAGGGCGUGGUCUGUCGACUUUUCUCAACUUGCCCCUACAAGUUUUGCUAGUGGAAGUGAUGACUGUUCUGUGAAACUUUGGAACAUUAAUGAGAAAAAUUCUGUUGGCACCAUCCGGAACCCUGCUAAUGUUUGCUGUGUUCAGUUUUCGUCCUUCUUUCCUCAUUUGUUGGUUUUUGGAUCUGCUGAUUAUAAGCUUCACUGCUACGAUAUUCGAAAUACAAGGGUCCCUUGGUGCACUCUAGCUGGCCAUGAGAAAGCUGUUAGCUAUGUGAAGUUUUUAGAUUCAGAAACCCUGGUUUCUGCCUCAACAGAUAACACCCUAAAGCUCUGGGAUCUUAGAAAAAGUAGUCCAUCUGGGCUGUCUGUUGAUGCUUGCAGCUUAACUUUCAGUGGCCAUACUAAUGAGAAGAAUUUUGUGGGUUUAUCUGUUUUGGAUGGAUAUAUAGCAUGUGGAUCAGAAACGAAUGAGGUUUAUAGUUAUUAUAGAUCUCUGCCAAUGCCAAUCACAUCUCACAAAUUUGGAUCCAUUGAUCCUAUUUCCGGACAUGAGAGUGGUGAUGAUAAUGGACAGUUUGUUUCAAGUGUCUGUUGGAGACAGAAGUCCAAUAUGGUUGUUGCAGCCAACUCAACUGGAUGUAUAAAACUAUUGCAAUUGGUGCCAUAAAAGCUGCUUCUCUUUUGAUGACCUAGAAUUCGGCUGUACUCUUUAAUCACUAAAUACUUGUCUUACAUCGUCUUGGCAUUAAAACCGAGUCAAAACUGGGAGCUUAUACUUGUUGGUGACUGAAUGAGGGAGCUAAGCUAUCACCAGCUACUAAUGCUGUGGAUUUUGCACAUGAUUGGUAUAGUUUUUCAGCCUUCUGGUAUUUUCAGUCAUAAAUCUGUCUGUGAACUGAAUGAAAGUUGGGUACCGGGAACAUCGCUUUUGAAAAACAAAGUUAUGGAGCUGCAUCACCUCUAUGAACUGAAGGUCAAGUGAUUGAAGAUUUUGUUGCCUUCGAUUCAUUGCCUAGGCUCUUAUCAGAAAGCUUGAUCAUGGAUUGAUUAUAAAGGUGGACCGAAAUUGGAUUAUGGAUGAACCUCAGUUUCAAGAAUUGUGCGUGAGCACAUGCCGUCUACGAGAAAAUAGUUUGUCAGGAGACUCAUAUGCUGAUCAUUCUGUGUUUCAGUGGUAAAGCCUAGGGCUAGAACCUCAGCAGUGCAAGUUUAGCUUUGUGAGGGUGAGCAUUUCGUGGAGAAAACAGCUGAAGAAGACCAUUUCAAUGUCUUCUGUGCCAACACCAUGCAGCUAGGCCAAAUAUCUGGGUAAUGGAUUAUGGUUUUUUUUGUAUACUGAUACAGGUAGGAAAAUGUUAGACCACCUAUUACUAAGGUGUGCUAAAAGAGGAAUAAGGGCAAGGAAAAUUGCCGUGUGGUGAGGUGGAAUCAGUUUAGAAGGUGAUUAAAAAAAAAAAGACCCACGUGGAGGACACAAGAGGAAUGAUGGAAUGGAGGGAAAAACAACGAUAUAAAAGGAAAGAUGAAAGAGAAAAAGGGGACUUAGAAUGAAUUAGAAAGAAACUUGGAGCCUGAGAGCAUAUGGCACCUUUGUUGCAGAAUCUCCUUUGCUAAAUUGUGUAAAUUGUCUGCAGGUUCCUGUUUGGACGGAGUAUUGCGUGUGGGGAUGAAUUUUGGACAGGAUAUGGGUUGAAGGAACUUUAGCUGUUCCAAUACGAACCAGAUUGUUUUUUCCCAGAAUGGGUGUUCCAUCAAAUGGAUUGUCGUUCCAUCGCGGAUACUAAUUUAUGCAAUUUAUGAAUUUCACAAGUUUUGAGAGAGAAAACCACUAACUUAACCACGUAUACCUUUGUUGCCUAUAAAUUGUUGUGGUUGCUUCAUAUAUUGCAACUGAAGUGGGAUUUUUCUCUUCAAAUUGUUGUAUGACAAAUUCAAGUACUCCAAUGGCAAGAGAGAAUCAUGAAUUCUACCAUAAAGUUUAUUCUUAGAAAGAUCUACUUUAGAUGAAUAAUACCAUGAAUGUAUUUCCAA